GCGGGGAGCCAGAGGAGGCGGAGGCAGAGGAGGAGGAAGCCGGAAGUGCUUCGGCCCGGAUCGGCCUGGGCGUUGCGGGAUUGGGGCCUGGGAUCGCUCGGCCCCGGGCAGCCGAGAAGCCCGUGACGGGGCAGAGCGGCGCCAUCCCAGCCUUGAGGCCGGCUGACCGCUCAGCGCUGGCAUCCAGGACAUUGCUCUCCUACCUGGGACAGGCAGGCGACCCGCAGCGACCGCACAGCGACGGCGGGCGGCCCCGGGCAUGUACGCCCCUGGAGGCGCAGGGCUGCCGGGCGGGCGCCGGCGGAGGAGCCCGGGAGGCAGUGCUCUGCCCAAGCAGCCCGAGCGUAGCCUGGCCUCGGCUCUGCCCGGCGCCCUGUCCAUCACGGCGCUAUGUACUGCCCUCGCCGAGCCCGCCUGGCUGCACAUCCACGGAGGCACCUGUUCCCGCCAGGAGCUGGGGGUCUCGGACGUGCUGGGCUACGUGCACCCGGACCUGCUGAAAGAUUUCUGCAUGAACCCACAGACAGUGCUGCUCCUACGCGUCAUUGCUGCCUUCUGCUUUCUGGGUAUCCUGUGUAGUCUCUCUGCAUUCCUCCUGGACGUCUUUGGGCCCAAGCACCCAGCCCUGAAGAUCACCCGCCGUUAUGCCUUUGCCCACAUCCUCACCGUCCUGCAGUGUGCCACCGUCAUCGGCUUUUCUUACUGGGCUUCUGAACUCAUCCUGGCCCAGCAGCAGCAGCAUAAGAAGUACCAUGGCUCCCAGGUCUAUGUCACCUUUGCCGUCAGCUUCUACCUGGUAGCGGGCGCCGGCGGAGCCUCCAUCCUGGCCACUGCAGCCAACCUCCUGCGCCACUACCCCACAGAGGAGGAGGAACAGGCGUUGGAGCUGCUGUCGGAGAUGGAGGAGAAUGAGCCCUACCCCGCCGAGUAUGAGGUCAUCAACCAGUUCCAGCCGCCCCCUGCUUACACGCCCUAGUGGAAGCCAGGGCUUUCUUUGGCGGCCCCUCUCCCACCCAGAGGAGCGACUUGCCCCUGCAGUCCUCACCAGUAGGACCUGAUCAUCUUCAUCAAACCCUCCCCAGGAGAGACUCUGCCUUAGGGUUGUUCCUGCAUCCCUAUACCGGAAGCUGGGACUCAGCGAUUUUACAUAAAGCUCUCUUUCCCCACCCCGCAACCCUCUGCUCCCUUCUGGCUCACGAGUCACUACCAACCAGGGAUGGGACCCAGACUUUGCUUGGGAGCUGCCGAAAGUGGACAGUCCCAGAGAGAAGUGUUACCAGGUCGGCGAGUGUCCCACAGCUGUGGCCCUACGCCCACCCCCUCCUCCCCUCUCUGAGUGCCCCGGUCCGGUCCCAGGCUGCACACUCUGGGGACUCUCUGCACUUUAGUCUUCGGCCUUCUCCCAAUGUGUGUUCUGGUUUGAUGGGGAGCACAGCAGUUGCUCUCCCUGCCCUGCCCUGGCUUAUGUGUCUGGUGUCAGGCAAGGAAAGCAGAGCUGGCAGGAGACCGAGGCCUCCCGGUGCCUACAUCGGAUCAGCGUGAAGGGGAUUCAGUCUCCCAGCCCCUUUGCCUUUUAAAUGUGAGUGGUUUUAAAAGGAAAAACAAAAUCAAGCAACAGCAAGCAUAUUCUCUUUUUAAAAUAAGCUGUUGUUGUUUUUUCAAAAAUGUAUCCCAUCCCUUGGGCUCUGCAAUAUUUGGGACCACAGUUCCUUCUGAGCCCAUGGUCCCCUUCUCCAAGUCUCCCCAUGCAGAAUGCAGCCUCUCUCCCCCGGCUCCUUCCCGCCAGCCCCUAGGGCUCCCUGGGGCCUCCCUGUGGAAUCAGAGCCUUGGGGUCUCUCCAGGGGCUGAGGACUGUGGCCUGGCUGGCCGGCCAGCGUGGUGCUCCUCAGGACUGUGGCUCUGAGACGUAGCCUGGCCUCAGCUCAGGAAUAGGGGCCACAGCAGGGCAGGACCCUCCCCUGUCCGCGGGGAACUCGAGCCAGCAGGACCCCCGUGUUGGGAUCAGACUAAGCAGGCCUGGCUAUUCCUAGACUGCACCUUGGGGCUACAGCCUGCUGCAUGCCUCUCUCCCUUUCUUGAAUGUUCUCUGGGCUGGCAGCGUGCUCCUGGCUCCUUCUUGCCUUGCUGUUGCUCUGGUUUACCCCAUUUGCUCUGGGUUUGGCUGAAUUUUCUGCCCCAAGACCUGGGGGAUAAAGUAGGCAAAACUCAGGAGACCCUCAGUGUGGAUCCUGAGGACUAAGCUGCCCUUGUCUGGUUCCUGGCUUGUUUGGAGUUUGUGUCCAGUGUUGAGCUAAGGAGGCUGAUUCCGGUCUCCUCCCACCUGCAAAGGGAUAGGCAGUUUUCAGCAGGAACGAAGAAAGGACAUCACCACUGAGCUGUGGCUAGAAGGAGACUGUGGUGUCAUCAUCUGCCUUGGGCUGGGUUGACCAGGGAUGUCUAGACAGAUGCCUGUGUGGAGACCACGUCUGCAUGUGAGUGAGUGGCUGCCUGGAAUUCACUGCUUGAUGCCAAAGUGUGCCCCGAUGUGACCCCUACUCUUUCAGACCCUUAGGAAAGGCUGCUGGAUGAUACUUGAGCACAAAGCCAAGGAGCCGAAUGACAUCUUUCUGUAAAGUCCUGAGUCCGUCAUUAGCAUCCUGGAUGUCUGAGCAGGCACCCAACACGCAUGCCAAAGGGAACGGUCGAGGACCUGCACAUGCCCUUAUGGACCGCGCCACGUGAUUUGGAACCCUCUUUUUACUAGGUUCCCAUGCCUCUCACCUUUCUUUCUCUCUCACCCUGCCAUCCCAACACUGAUAGUUUGUCAUAUAAAUCCCCCUGGUUGUGUUUUUCUUUUCUAGGAAAAAUAAUUAAAAAGCAAAACAGUGAAAAAAUCUGAAACUACAAAUAAGAAUGUCAA